UUUCCCAUGAAGAGCCGCAGAAUUCCAGGGAUCAUGGGGAAAAGCCCAGCGAAAACAAACCAGGCUUGGCGACUAGCAAAUUUGGCGAGAAACGCUAGGGGGUCGGGUCACGUGACACCCUCGCGGCGCCCGCCUGGGUCUCGGACCCGCUGGGGAGAAGAGUAGCUUAUCUCUUUCAGCCAAGGCCGCUAAAGGUUGCAGUAGAUAGGACGCAGGACCUGGGAUCUGUCAAGCCGUCAAGUGACGUUUAUUAAACACCUGCUCUGUUCCUAGCGCUGCGCGAAGUGUCGAGCUCGGGGAGACCUGAGUUCAGAUUCAGCUUCAGACUCCAACUGGCUUUUCGACUAACCUGCCUCCAUUUCCCAAUGUGCAAAAUGGGUAUAUUUAUAGCCCCUACCUCCCAAGGCUGUUGUAACGCGCUUUGGAAAGCGCUGUAUAAGUGAUAGCGGCUGGGUUUUUUGUUUUUUAGCUCUUUUAAAGUUUCCCUUAUCUGUGACUCGCAUGACCGGCUUUCUCCCCUAGCCUGGCCCUUUUCUGUACCAUCUCUAAGGGCUGGACUGGAUUUCCCCUUUGAAAUGGUUGUGCCGGGGAUCUCUGGCUGCUCUCCUCUCGGCCCGCCGGCACUUUUCCCGCACUGUCUGACUGCGGGGUUGCGGACCUCUCCCCACACGCUCAGGCCCUGUUGCCCCAGACCGCUUGCUGGGGGCUGGGCGGGAUGCCCCGCGCCCUCCCCCCACUUACAGUGCGCGGAUCUCUUGUAUGCAGUUAUCUGCAGGCUGUCUUCCCCCAUUAGAAAGAAGGCUACCUGAGGGUUUUGUUUCUUUUAACUUUCAUUUUAUCGACGUGAUUAGCACCGUGCUGGCCCAGUAGUUAAGUGCUCAGUGAUGGGCUUGACUGACACUACAGCAAAGAAGAAUAUUCCCUGGGUGGGGAUAAACUUCAGCAACUCUUCUCCUUUCCAUCCUCCUUCUGUGCCCAGGUAGAAGAGGAGGGGGCUGUGGGGUGGUCCCUUGGGGCAUCCCUGCAGCCGGAUGAGGCCAGAGGGGCUCCCCUUGGUCCAGUCUGAGGUGUCCAUACGGAGUGAUCCCCGCCCAUUCUCACGUUCUGUCCCACUGAAUUUAUCCAAACCUACUUGUUAUGAUGGCCCCCUCUGCUGCUGGAGGGCUCUACCCGGCCCUCUCUGUUUUCUCCACAGUGGCAGGGGAAUAGUCAAUCCUAAGUUUUUUUUUUUUGUUUGUUUUUUUGUUUUUGUUUUUUUUUUUUUGUUUUGUUUUGUUUUGGUUUUUUUUGCUAUGGUUACAGCAGGCAGGAAGAGAAAGGAGUAUAUUCCAGGGAGGGAUGGAGACAGAAGUAAUGUCUGUCCCCUCCUCUCCAUUUCUCUUUUUACUCCCAGCUAUUUCCUAUACCCCUAACUUCUACUAAUCCCCAGGAAAAAGAAUAAAGAAAGUGAGAUUGGGCAGCUGGGGUCCAUUUGGGAAGGGGGGGAUGCCCUAGGACAUAAGAGUUGGGGAUCAGAGAGCCAGGCUUGGAGGACACAAGCUAAGUGACUAUGAUACCGCCACUACCCUGGAGGGGACAUAGACAGUAGGCAGUAACUGUAGGUGACACAAAUGUCACACUAAAGCCUUACCUCAUGAUGAGCCCAGGCUAAGGCUGGCACUCAGAGCUUUCCCCACUGCCCUCAUCCAUCUAGACAUUAUGGAUCAUUCACAGGGCAUUUCCCAGCAGCUCCAGUGCCCACCCCUUCACCUUCAGUCCCUCCUCCACCCUCACCCCCCCCAACACACACUCCUCCCUCCCAUAUCCUGAGUAGGCUGGGCAGGAACCAAGCUGCCCCAGAGGAGCCUGCCUGGAGAAGAAUCCGCUUUGGCUUUUAAGCUGAGCUGAGCUUCCUCCAUAUUCAAGCUGAAGCUAUCUCCUCAUUCCCCUAACAGCUAGGCUCAGUUCCAACACCAGGCCUACCAGCCCCCUUCCUUCACUGCUGCCUGAGCCAUGGGCAUGGAUAUGGAGGAGCAGCAGGAAUCUGGAGCCCCGCAAGACUCGGAGUGGCCAGAACUAGAGAAGGCAGAAAGGUUGGCCAGAGGGGCAGCUCUGAAGUGGGCCUCAGGCAUCUUCUACAGCCCUAAGCAGCUGACCAGGCUGGACCGAUACCGAAGCCGGGAAGCCCAGAGAAUGUGCUCCAUCGAGUCCCGAAUCAAGUCUACUGUGCAGUCAUACUUGGAAAGUGUGCAGACAGGCCUUGAACAGCUGGGCCUGGCCCUGAAGAAGGUCCAGGAGGCUCGGGAAGCCCUGGCUGAGGCCCAGGGGGCCCUCAGGAGCCAGGCUGAGGCUGCCCACAACCUACAGCCUCUCCGGGAGCUGGCCGACCAGCAUGGACAGCUGCAGGCCGUGACACUUCUACUGCCCCAGCUCUUGGCCGUACCCGAGGCAGUGGCCAGAACCCAGGCCCUGAUCAAGGGCAAUCGAUUUCUGGAGGCCUACAAGGUGCUACGGGAGCUGGAGCAGUUGCGGGAUGAGGUGUUAGAGCCCACGGGGGGGCCAGAGCUGGCCCUCUUUGAGGGCUUGGCUCCUCUGGGGGAGGAGCUGGGCCUUGCUGUGGGGAAGGUGGUAGGCUCCGCUCGGCAGCUGGCACGAGAUGACCCUGCCCUGCUGGUCGCUGCAGUGCGAGUGGCAGAGUUUGAGGAGGAGAGGGAUGCUCAGCUGCAGUCACCAUCCCCCGGGCGGCCCAGAGCCUGGCGCCAGCGCUGCCUGGGGGCCCUUCAGAGGGCCCUGGAGGAAGCCUAUUUUGAGGCACCAGCUCCGGCCCCUUCAGGCCUGGCAGGACACCUGGCAGCUCUUCGAGAAGCUCUGCCUGCUGAACUGGCCCUGGCUGAGGCCCUUGUAGCCCCCUGCUGCCCUGGAGAAUAUGGGGUCGUAAAGCUGUGGGCCCAUACCUUGCACAUGGGCCUCUGCCAGCACCUGCAGCGGCUUCUGGACUCUGAGGACCUGGGCACCCAGGACAUCUUCACUUUGUUGCACUGGGCCCUGCAUAUCUACCCAGGGCCUGAUAUGAUGGGUCAUCCUGACCUCAGUCCUGAGGCUGACAUCUCUGAGCUAGAACCUUUGCUGUCCCCGGAGGCUGUGGACCUGCUGGAGAGAACAUACACAGAAAAACUCAAGUUAAGCAUAGCAGAGUGGCUGCAGAAGGCCCUAGAUGGAGAGGUGGCUGAAUGGUUCCGAGAACAGGAACCUGAUAUUGACCCUGAAGGUUUCUAUCAUUCUUCCCUGCCUGCGGUUGUUCUGCAGAUCCUAGAUGAAAAUAUCCGCGUGACAGCUGUGAUCAGCGCUUCUUUGCAGGAUAGAAUAUACAGCAUGGCCCUGAGGGAGCUGGGCACCUUCCUGAGGAGCCUCAUUGAAGCACUGGAACGUUUCUCCCAAGAGCACCUGAAGGAUGCGUCUAGACCCCAUCACUACGUGCCAUACCUGCUGGCCUGUAUCAAUCACUAUGCUGCCCUAAGUUCUUCAGUCUCCGCCUUGCAGCCCACUGGGGUGUCCACUGCUACUGGGGUCUCAGCCACCAUUGAUACAGCCCUUGGAGAUUUCAAGAGGAAGAUAUGCAAACUAAUCUUGGAUGCCUUGCUAGAGGAGCUACAGCCCAUGUUCGUUGCCCUGCCUUCUCGUCAGUGGCUAUCCAGCCAGGUGAUGUUGGACAAUGUGUGUGAGCAGAUAGCCAACUUCUGUUCAGGAUUCUCCAGAGUGCGCAGUCCCAUGGCUCAGAUGCUGCUGGCUGAGAGUGAGCGCGUGGUCGUGCUGGAGUAUCUUCGGGGCUUGAUGCAAGGAAAGCUCGUGUGCCGGAACUCGACGGAGAGGAUCCGGGCUUCGGAGCGAAUGUUGCAGGACUCAGCCCAGCUCAGGGAGCUCUUCCUUAGCUUGGAGCUGGAGGAGAGUGCGCAGACUGGGGCAGUUUUGGCUGCCCUGCAGGAGCUGUUCCGCCUCCAGGACCCAGCGCUGCUCAGCCUCGAAGUAUCCAGCUUCUUACACAAAUUCCCCGACGUGAGCGAGGAACAUAUCGGGGCGCUCCUGGACGUGCGCGGGGACGUAUCCCGGGAGCAGCGUCAGGUCGUCUUGGAGACUAUGCAGGCCAACCCUCCCCCGUCGCCACCGCCCGACGGCCACCGCCCGCUCUUCAGUCUAGUGCCAGUGCCCUCGCCUCCGUUGGCCUUCUGCUUUUCCGCAGGGACCUGUUCCUGAGCGGGCGGCAGCGACGGAACCCCCUCAAUAAAUGCCCAGAGCCGCG